UCAAACUGGGCCAAGAACUGCUGGCAAGAUUUUGAGAAAUGUGGAUUUUAUGAAUUUUAGAAAUGAAAUCAGCAGCAGCACGUUUCUCUGUGGAAACAACAUCUGGGACAGAGUUUGGAGACUCCACCUCUGCCUGCAUUUCUGAAGGGCGACUCCUGUCAGGAUUCAUAGCUGGGGUGGGUGGAUCGCGCGUGCGCAGUGCGUCCAUUCUCCGAUCUGCGGCAGGAAAGGCGCAGCGGAGAAGAAAAAAGGACGGGGAGGAGAAAUGUUGCGAAGAAAAAAGACGCUCAUGGACUACUGCGGCUGCUUCAGCUCCUCUGUCGGAAUGACUUUUGCUGCUGGACUGUAACCCCUGACUGUUUGUGAAAAUGACGAUAAAAACACCAGGGAAUGGAGAAAAUCUUCACUGAACUCUGUGGGGUUAAAACGACAUUAAAAGUGAGGAUGGCGUUCAUGUAACGGAUCAUACGCAGCCCUGCUUCCACCAAGCUUCAAGUCUUAUUUGUUCCAUUUAGGAUUUUUUCCGUAUUCAGUUCUUGUGAGCGGGAUGUCAGGAGCUUCCCCGGCUGACUGAGCCCCCACUCCCCCGGCAGCGGGACGCAGACAGACGGCGACGAUGGGAGAUGCGGCAGAUGACAGAGGGAUGAGAAGGACCUUCAUCGUCCCCGCCAUCAAGAGCUUCGACCACUACGACUUCACCAGAGCCAAGAUCUCCUGCAGCCUGACGUGGCUGGUGGCCAAAGCGUUCGGCUCUGAUGUGGUGCCAGAAGAGCUGGCUGAACCACUCUACAAGGACCAGUACAACCAGGAGCACCUGAAACCCCCGGUCGCCUGCCUGCUUCAGUCCGCUGAGCUCUACUGUCGCGCCGGAAGCCUCAUCCUGCGCAGCGAUGCCGUCAAACCUUUGGUGGGACACAAUGCCGUCAUUCAGGCCUUGGCCCAGAAGGGCCUGUAUGUCACCGAUCAAUACAGACUGGUCACAGAAAGGGAUCUGAUGUCCACACCCAUACACAUGAGUUCUCAUCUGGCGCUCAUCGACACCCUGAUGAUGGCGUACGCCGUGGAGAUGGUGAGCGCUGAGAGGGUGAUGUCCUGCAUCAACAGGUUCUCAUCUCCUGAACCCCUGCACAGCGAGGCACUUUUCCAGGAGCUGCCCUACGACACAGAGGACGCAAUCGUCACCUGGAUCAACAAGGUGAUUGAACAACUAAGGGAUGUCCUGGUGGAGGAGCAGCGGCUAAAAGAGGCGUCCCUUCAGGAGGCAAACUCAACAACACACAAAACUCGGUACAGGAGAGAGCAUGCCCAGAGGAGCACUCCAUCGCUGCCCCUGGUGGAGAACCUGCUGAAGGACAACGCAGACGGCUGUGCCCUCACUGCCCUGUUGCACUUCUACUGCCCAGAGGCUGUCAGGCUGGAAGACAUCUGCCUGAAGGAGACCAUGUCUCUGGCUGACAGUCUGUACAACCUCCAGCUGGUGCAGGAGUUCUGCAGGAAUAACCUCAACCAUUGCUGUCACUUCAGCCUGGAGGACAUGCUCUACGCUCACCCCUCAAUAAAGAGUAACUACCAGGUGUUUAUGGCUGAGCUCUUCUGGUGGUUUGAAGUGGUGAAACCCUCGUUUGUACAGCCCAGAGUCGUCAACCCCAACGUCUGUGAGGCCACUUCUUCCUGUGGAGAAGCGGUUCCUGUGUCCAGUCCCAUCAAACAGAGUUAUGCAGACAGACCUUCAGGCCAGGAAAAUUUAUCUGCUGAAGGUGAGAUGAGGAGAUCCAGCUCCAUGUCAUUCGUAGAUGGCUGUGCGGGGACGUGGCCCAAAGGAAAACACUCUUCCUCUCGGGGAAUAUCCUUUGAGAUUCCCUUAGUCGGAGACCCGGAGUUGCUGCCCUGCGAAGCUCCUUCUGCGUGCGGGAUGAGCCGCUCAGCCAGCAGCGACAGUCUGGGGUUCAAAGUUCACUAUGCAGCCAAAGGAGGUAUGAAGCGCCAACUCUCAGCCACGCCCGUCAGCGUGAACGGUCAGCACAUACCCGAAGAGGAUGAGGACUUCACUCCCCAAAAGCCCCUUGGGCGGAACAACACAUUUUCAAUUAAGAACCAAAACAGGUACUCCAAUGGGCUCCUACCAGACAACAGUAAACACCAUGGAGGCCACAUGAGCCCAUCAACUCCCCCAAGCAUCGAAGAGGCUCUUAAGAUCAUCCAUGAUACAGAGAGGCCUCAUGCCAGCUUCGGUGUUGGAGACAAUAGCUUCUUUCUCCACGGUGUGGAGCCUUCACCGCCUUCAGGGGCCCAAGCUCCUGAAGACGUCCCAGUUUCUGCUAAAGCACAUCUGCAUGACCGCGAUCCCAACUCUGCAUCCACCGAUGAAGUCGAUACAGGCAUUCAUGUGCGAACCGAAGACAUCCAGAGCCUGGAUGAGGACUCUUCAUCUCUAAGAGAUUAUUCAGACAUAGACCCAGACUGGGAGGCCAUGACCCGCUCUUGUCCGCUGCCUGUCAGGCAGGAGCAAAGCCGAGACGCCGUCGGUGAAGCCAACCCUGAUGGCCAAAAAGGAACCGGUGGAGACAGAGGCAGCCCCUGUGCUAGUUCAGCCCCCACACUCCCCAGAUCACACACUUUGAGUCCUGCCUCGUCGGUGGGUGGAUCUGGAGGAGGCCUGGUGCGGAUGACGAGCUUCGCAGAGCAGAAGUUCAGGAAGUUAGAGGGAAGGAGCAGCGGAGGAACCACGCCAGACAGCUCUGAUCUUAAUGUUCCAUACACACACAAACCGGUUUCUUCUCAGUUCUCCACACCUCCCCUGCCAAUCACCUCCUCAGUAGCUCCUUCACCCAGAGACCCUUCCCACCUCAUAGCCUCAGAAAUGAUUCAGCUCCGGAUGAAGCUUGAAGAAAAACGCCGAGCAAUUGAAGCCCAGAAGAAAAAGGUGGAAGCUGCUUUCACUCGCCAUCGCCAGAAAAUGGGCAAAACAGCCUUUCUGAACAUAGUGAAAAGGAAAGGUGUGACAGCUCCCCCCAGCGCAGGAGGAGCUGCAGCGCCUUCACUGGACUCCUCAGAGAGGAGCACCCAGAGGAGCGUGGAGCAGACUGAAAGGUGCAAACCAGAUGGAGCAGCUCCAAAGUCUCCAUUUGAAGACGUUGGUGUGGCCCCGGGAGAAGCCGACCUCGCAGAAUACACUCGCUCGAUUGAGAGGCUAAACACGUCUCUGGGCUUCCUGCAGACAGAGAUGCAGCGUUUGGCCCUACAGCAGGAGAAGAUCAUGGCAAUGAGAGACACACCACAGCAAUCCUGGGUUAUUUCUCCCCCUGCUCCAUCUCCACACAGGCAGCUUCGGGAGCUGCGUAGCAGCAGCGUAACGAGUCGAGGGUCAGGUCGAGGUUCCGUGGGGUCUUUAUCUCCUGUCCUGUCCUCCUAUGGUUCCCCUCGGGCCACCAGCCAAGCCCCUGCUGGCAUCAAGCGACGGCCAGCCUCCUUCCAUGCCAGAACACCGCGAACUCCCCGUCCAAAUGAUCUAAAGGUCACCUCCUUCAGCCGGAUGCUCAACACCCCCACCUCAGUGGACAGUUUACCCCGGCUGAGGCGUUUCAACCCCAGCCAAACACAGACCAGCCCGUUUGCCUAUUUGGGUCCCAACAAAGACAGCGCUAAGAGCAAAGAGGAACCAUUACUGAACGCGGGAGAAUCAGCCAAAGAAAAGGAAGUCGAGCUGCAAGAGGAGAGGGCGGAGUCAAAGGGAGACGUCCCCCAGCCAGAUACAGCAGAUGUGUUGCAGCAGCCGGUCCAAAGCAACACGGGCAGCCAAGUUCAGGGGGAGGCCCAGGAGAGGGGUGACCUGGUGGAGGUGUCUCUGUCUGAGCUGAAGCCUCCUGAGGUGGUUGCAGAGGGAGAAACGGGAGAACUUUACAGAGAAGACCAGAAAAUGUGCUGUGGAUUCUUUUUUAAGGAUGACGCAAAAGAGGAAAAAGACAUGGCAGCCAAGAAAGCAGCUCUCCUGGAAAAGAGGCUGAGGAGAGAAAAGGAGACUCAGGAAAAGAAGCAACAACAGGAGCUGGACCAAGAGCAGAAAAAGGAAGCCGCUCGCUUAAAGGCAGAGGAGGGGCAGCAGAGGAAGGACGAAGACAAGGCAAGAAUGGAUUUCAUCAAGAACGAAUGCAUGAGAAGAAAGCAGCUUAAACUGAUGGAAGACAUGGAUGAGGUCAUCAAGCCUCGAUCCGGAAGUCUCAAGAAGAAGCCACGGCCCAAAUCCAUCCACAGGGACGUCAUGGAGUCAUCUGUUCCCUCUGUGAGACUGACAGGGGUGCGUCCUCGAGGCUUCUCUGUGUCGAGCGUCUCUUUGGCAUCACUCAAUCUGGCUGACAAUGACAAAGAUCAGUCAGACAACAGAAAGAACAGCAGAGGCAAAAAGCUAGCUUCUGACCAUGUUCCGUUUUAUUUAAGCUCUCCCAAAGAACGUAAGAGAAGGCCAGACUCCACUGAGGGCUUUUCCUCGUGUCCUUCGGCUGGAAGUCGCAACGGAGAGAAAGAUUGGGAAAACGAUUCCACAACUUCUUCCACUCCCUCCAACACUGAAUACACCGGACCUAAACUGUAUAAGGAACCCAGUGCUAAAUCCAACAAGCACAUCAUCCAGAAUGCCUUGGCUCACUGCUGCUUGGCUGGUAAAGUCAAUGAAGGGCAGAAAAACAAGAUACUCGAUGAAAUGGAAAAAUCUGAGGCCAAUAACUUCUUGGUGCUGUUCCGUGACUCCGGAUGCCAGUUUAGGUCCAUCUACACAUACUGCCCCGAGACCGAGGAGAUGACCAGACUGGCCGGCAUUGGUCCCAAAAGCAUCACGCCCAAAAUGAUUGAGGCCCUGUAUAAGUACAAUUCUGAUAGGAAGCAGUUCAGCCAGAUCCCAGCCAAAACCAUGUCUGCCAGCGUGGAUGCCAUCACCAUCGCCAACCAUCUGUGGCAGAUCAAGAAGCAGGGGACACCUAAAAAGCACCCAAAGUAGCCCCCAGACAUGCUCGAUAGGAACAGACAAAAGACUUUUUCAUCACAAGGACACACAUUCCCAGUGCCACAGAUGCUAUAAAAUGGACAGUAAUGCGACAGCGGGGCGCAGGUGUGUGGUUGUCAGCAUGUGAAUCGAUGUUCUCUUGUGCCAAAAAAAAA